GUAUGACAGGUUAUUUUUGACUACGUAAAGUGCGCAUAACUUUCAAUCUGACCUGGUGUUGUACGACAGCCUAUGAUUAAUUGCACUAUCAUCCUUUAAGUGGUGUAUAAACAAGACUCACAGCAAAACCAUAAUGCCACUUCAAACAUCCAAACAAAAAAUUUGUCAACGUGUCAUGGUGAUGGAUAAUUUUUGGCUUCGAGAAGCGUCAAUGCGUUUAGUACUAUUUACUCUUACCUGCGCUUUAUGGAAUCUUCCAUUCGUCAAAGGUGAAACAUGCAAUCCAAAUCUCAACAUCAGACCCGUUGUGUACAUCUUUUCAAGUCCAGAAAAUAGCAGAUUACCCAUUGGUGCCUCCAUUACCCUGAAAUGUACAGCGGAGCCAAGAACAGAAGAUAAAGGAUAUCUGGAUAGAUGGGUCAAUUAUAUCGAGUGGUACGAUCCACAGGAUAAUGAAGUUGGAGCUAAAUGCAAGCAGACUUCAAACAAACGGGCAUACAAAUUUAAAUUAACCUGUCCAUUAGUGCUUAAAAAUCUGACAGUUGACAAAAUUGGCCGCUACACCUGCCAAGCUGGCAAUGGUUACAUAAAACACUGCACAAGGAAAUCAUUCGAAAUAUUGAUUCAAGGUCCUGCGCCAGAGUUAGUAGGAGUUCCUCGGAACCAAAGCACUGAUAUAGGGGCCAAUGUAACUUUCAACUGCACUGCCACAGGUCUUCCUGGGACAAGCAUCUCAUGGAUAAAAGACAAUGACUCAUUUGCCUUACAGUCCAACCCAAGGGCGAUAUUCAUCAAUAAUCCACAUUCAUCAACAAUCCAAAAAACCAUGCAAAGCCAGUUGUUUAUUACAGGAGUGAAGAAAGAAGAUUUUGGCAAAUAUCAAUGUGAAGCAAAAAACAGUGGUGGUAGAAAUUUGUCGUUGCCAGCUUUCUUAUCCUCGAAAGUUUCAGAUGCCCAGAAACCUGAGAUCGUUGAAAGUCCAAAGAACCAAAGUGUCCUGAUCGGUUCCAAUGCUACCUUAAGCUGCACUGCUAGGGGUCUCCCGAGGCCAACAAUCCACUGGAUAAAGGACAAUGCUUCAUAUCCUUUACAGCCUAACCCCAGAGCACAUGUAAUUCCAGACGGGCGAACCAAUCGCAGCCAGCUUUUUAUAACGAGAGUAGAGAUGGAAGACUAUGGAAAAUAUCAAUGCAUUGCAAAUAAUAGCAUUGGAAGAAGCCAAUCAGGAGUGGCUGUCUUGAAAAAAGCAACUCCCACUCCCACCUCCAUGAACGGAAAGCCAAAAAAUUCAGCAUCAAAGACAACUAUAGUCGCUGUAUCAUGCACUUUGGCAGCUGCAGUUAUUUGUGCAGUCACUGGGUUUGUGUGGAUUUGGUGUAAAAAUCGUGAUAAAGAGGGAAGAAAACGAACAAGAAAGUUGUAUUUGAUAAAAGACAAACAUUUAAAAGAUGGGAUACAGGACCUUGAAAACAAUCGGUCGCCCAAUACCCAAACCAUCGAGACCCCCGUGGAAAGGCUCCCGUUAGUGGGAGAUGGAGUAGGGGACAGACUGCCUCCAGACGGAAGCGAGCAGGAUAAUUUGGUGCUAGGUAUAAAGGAAAGAGGCCAAGAGAGAUUAGAGUCGGGUGAGGGGAUAGCUGAUGCUGACAUUUUCACACCUGACAAACACCUGAGUGUCGACGAACAGCGGGAUUGUGGAGAGAUAUCUGAAGAGACCGAGGAAGGAUCCGAAAACUUGGAAAAUCUUGAAGUGUUCGAUGAAAUACUCGGAGAAGGCGAAUUUGGAAUCGUCUACAAAGGUCGAUAUAGUGGGAAAGAUGGAAACAUAACGGAUGUAGCUGUGAAGAAGUUAAAAGACCCUAGUGCCAUUGCCAAAGAAACCCUGCUUAAUGAGAUAAGGACCUUAAAGCAAGCUGGGAAACAUCCCAAUAUUGUCACUUUGAUUGGGACAAGGAUAGAGAGAGGAAACGUUCUUGUGGUCACUGAAGUGAUUCAUGGUGGCAGUCUGGAAAAUCUUUUGAGGGCGCCAGGGGAAAGGAACAAUUAUCAUAACGUCUGCUGUAAGCUGAAUGACCGGCAACUGGUCAUAAUUGCAUUUCAGAUCGCCACCGGAAUGCAACACUUAGAGGAGAGAAAGUUUGUCCAUCGCGACCUAGCAGCGAGGAAUAUUUUAGUUGAUGCCAACUUGGUGGCUAAAGUUGGAGACUUUGGAUUAGCCAGGGACAUAUCCGCUGCUGGUAUAUACACCAUAACCUCUAGCGGCAAGGUUCCGUGGAGAUGGUCGUCGUUAGAAUCUCUACGAGAUCUCCAUUUUACAUCCAUGAGUGAUGUGUGGUCAUUUGGUAUCGUUUUAUGGGAAAUCACCACUUAUGGUGAGUUGCCAUACCCUAACAUCACAUCACCAAUUGCCUUAGUAAAUCGACUUGCCUCAGGAUACCGGAUGUCUCGUCCCGACCGAUGUUCGGAAGAACUAUAUGAGCUCAUGAGUUCUUGUUGGAAAGAAAAUCCUUUGAUGAGACCAGCCUUUUCGCAGAUCGCUCAACAGCUGAAGAAUUUUUUGCGAGAAGUGAAGAGGACAUAUACAAAUAUCACAGAGGUCAACGAUGGAGAAGCUUGAUGACUCCCUGAUGCUGAAGCAAACACCUCAUUUUAUUUGAUUAACAAUAGGAAAAUAACCACAAGAUCUCAAAUAAGCGCAUAGGCUCAAAAGUUUAGAAUCAAUUUUUUUCUUGGUGGAGGAAAGUUUUCUCGCAAAUUCUCCAAAUUUGUUGUUGAUUUUUUUCUCUCUGUGCGAUCAAAUACACCAU